GAGAGAAAGAGAGAGCAAGUUGAGGGAGUGGGUUGAGGACGGGUAUCAACGAGAGGUGUGGUGAGGUAUAAAAAGUGGCACAGAGGGUAAGCUGAGAAGCUCCUCAUUAGUUUCCUUGGGGAUAGAGAAGAGAUUCAUUCAAUGAAUCACUAAUACAUCUCUGUAUCUUUCUCUCUCUCUCUCUCUCUACAUAUAUAUAUAUAUAUAUAAUAUAUAUAUAGCUCUUUUCUUUCCUCGAUGCUGGUGAUCUACUUGGGUAUAUAAACUCAAAUCCGUGUGUUGUUUGCUCUGCUUCUGAGUUGGUUAAGAUGGGUGGUGAUAAGGCUCUGAGUCUUGAAGAGAUCAAAAAUGAGACUGUUGAUCUGGAAAAAGUUCCUAUUGAGGAAGUGUUUGAGCAGCUGAAAUGUUCCAGGGAAGGUUUAUCCGACGCAGAAGGAACCAACAGGCUAGAAAUCUUUGGACCCAACAAAUUGGAAGAGAAAAAGGAAAGCAAAUUUCUCAAGUUUCUUGGGUUUAUGUGGAAUCCACUCUCAUGGGUCAUGGAAGCUGCAGCUGUUAUGGCAAUUGCACUGGCCAAUGGCGAUGGAAAGCCCCCGGAUUGGCAAGAUUUUGUUGGUAUCAUUUGUUUGCUCGUAAUUAACUCCACCAUCAGUUUCAUUGAAGAAAACAAUGCUGGAAAUGCCGCUGCAGCUCUUAUGGCUGGCCUUGCUCCCAAAACAAAGGUUCUUAGGAGUGGUCGAUGGAGUGAGCAGGAAGCUGCGAUUUUGGUUCCAGGAGACAUCAUCAGUAUCAAAUUGGGAGAUAUCGUUCCUGCUGAUGCUCGUCUUCUUGAGGGUGAUCCGUUAAAGAUUGAUCAAUCUGCUCUUACAGGAGAAUCCCUCCCAGUAACCAAGAAUCCACACGAUGAAGUUUUCUCCGGUUCAACUUGCAAACAAGGUGAGAUAGAAGCUGUUGUAAUUGCCACCGGUGUUCAUACCUUCUUUGGGAAGGCUGCACAUCUUGUGGACAGCACCAACAAUGUUGGACACUUCCAAAAGGUGCUCACUGCAAUCGGGAACUUCUGUAUUUGUUCCAUUGCUGUUGGAAUGUUGGUCGAGGUGGUUGUCAUGUACCCGAUUCAACACAGGAAGUACAGGGAUGGAAUUGACAAUCUCCUAGUUCUCUUGAUUGGAGGCAUUCCCAUUGCUAUGCCCACUGUUUUGUCCGUGACAAUGGCUAUUGGAUCACACAGACUGUCGCAACAAGGUGCCAUCACCAAGAGAAUGACAGCUAUUGAGGAGAUGGCCGGAAUGGAUGUCCUUUGCAGUGAUAAGACGGGGACAUUGACCCUUAACAAAUUGAGUGUUGAUAGGAACUUGGUUGAGGUUUUUGCAAAGGGUGUUGAUAAGGAACACGUGCUACUGCUUGCUGCGAGGGCUUCUAGGACUGAAAAUCAGGAUGCCAUUGAUGCUGCCAUUGUUGGGAUGCUUGCAGAUCCAAAAGAGGCACGAGCUGGCAUUAGAGAGGUGCAUUUCUUCCCAUUCAAUCCCGUGGACAAGAGGACUGCUUUGACUUACAUCGAUGGUCAGGGCAACUGGCAUCGAGCUAGCAAAGGUGCCCCUGAACAGAUCUUGACUCUUUGCAAUUGCAAGGAAGAUGUUAAGAGAAAGGCUCAUUCUGUUAUUGAUAAGUUUGCUGAACGUGGGCUGCGGUCACUGGCCGUUGGAAGACAAGAAGUUCCUGAGAAAUCAAAAGAAAGUCUGGGAAGUCCUUGGCAGUUUGUUGGAUUGUUGCCACUUUUCGAUCCUCCCAGGCAUGAUAGUGCAGAGACCAUCCGCAGGGCUCUAAAUCUUGGUGUAAAUGUCAAGAUGAUCACUGGUGAUCAACUUGCCAUUGCAAAGGAGACUGGUCGAAGACUUGGAAUGGGAACAAACAUGUAUCCAUCUUCUACUUUACUCGGCCAAGACAAGGAUGCAUCCAUAGCUGCCCUUCCCGUUGAAGAGUUGAUUGAGAAGGCAGAUGGGUUUGCUGGUGUAUUUCCAGAGCAUAAAUACGAAAUCGUCAAGAAGUUGCAGGAGAGGAAGCACAUUUGUGGAAUGACGGGAGAUGGUGUGAAUGAUGCCCCUGCUUUGAAGAAGGCAGAUAUUGGAAUUGCAGUUGCUGAUGCAACAGAUGCUGCAAGAGGUGCUUCUGACAUUGUGCUCACAGAACCCGGGCUUAGUGUCAUCAUCAGCGCGGUGCUGACUAGUAGAGCUAUUUUUCAGAGGAUGAAAAAUUACACGAUAUAUGCAGUCUCCAUCACAAUCCGUAUUGUGUUUGGUUUCAUGCUUAUUGCUUUGAUAUGGAAGUUCGACUUUUCUCCAUUCAUGGUUUUGAUCAUUGCCAUCUUAAAUGAUGGAACCAUUAUGACAAUUUCGAAAGAUCGAGUGAAGCCAUCUCCAUUGCCUGAUAGCUGGAAAUUGAAAGAGAUCUUUGCUACUGGUGUUGCGCUUGGAGGUUAUUUGGCAUUGUUGACUGUCAUAUUCUUCUGGAUUAUGAAGGACACACACUUCUUCUCUGAUAAAUUUGGUGUAAAACAUCUAACGGACGAGAAAGAGUUGAUGGCUGCAUUAUACCUUCAAGUGAGUAUUGUAAGCCAGGCUCUGAUUUUUGUCACUCGAUCACGCAGCUGGUCCUUCGUCGAACGCCCUGGAUUGUUACUAAUGAGUGCUUUCUGUAUUGCACAGCUGGUGGCUACUCUGAUAGCUGUAUACGCUAAUUGGGGUUUCGCAAGAAUAAAAGGAAUUGGCUGGGGAUGGGCUGGUGUCAUCUGGAUAUACAGCAUUGUCUUCUAUUUCCCACUCGACAUAAUGAAAUUCUCCAUUCGUUACAUAUUAAGUGGAAAGGCUUGGCAUAAUUUGUUAGACAACAAGACUGCUUUCACCACUAAGAAAGAUUAUGGCAAAGAGGAGAGGGAGGCACAAUGGGCUCUUGCUCAAAGGACUUUACAUGGGCUUCAACCAGCUGAACCAUCUACCAUCUUCAAUGACAAGAGCAGCUACAGAGAGCUCUCUGAAAUUGCUGAGCAGGCUAAGAGACGAGCCGAAGUUGCAAGGCUUCGGGAGCUGCACACUCUCAAGGGUCAUGUCGAGUCAGUGGUGAAGCUGAAAGGGCUGGACAUCGACACUAUCCAACAGCAUUAUACUGUGUGAAGGAGCAGAAGAUUAUAUAACUUGAGAGGGAAAGGGCCAUGGUUCAACAAAUAUACCAAAUGAGGAAGGGAAAGAAGGCCUAACUAGACUACACUAUUAAGACACUGGGAACAUUUCUGUGCUAUAUAAGUUCCCAUCUGUUUACUUUUCUUUCUUAUGAAUUUCAAUUGCCAGAAGAAAGUUGUGUUUGGUUUCUUCGCGAUCUAAUGCAAGCCGAAGUAACUUCUCUUGUAUAACGGAUUUUCCACUUCAUCCACACUAUAAUUUCCUUGCUUUCUUAUAAUGGUUCCUACUUUAAUUUA